GGAACGGGGCGGAGCGCCGGGCCGAGCGGGGCCGGGCGGAGCCGAGCGGAGCCGAGCGGGGCCGAACGGAAUCGGACGGGGCGGAGCGCCGGGGCCGAGCUCAAGCCGCCGCCACAGCGAUGAAGCGGGACCGGCUCGGGCGCUUCCUGUCGCCCGGGGUGUCCGGGCAGCGCGGGAGCUCCGGUGGCGGCAGCUGUGGCCGUGGUCGGGCCCGGGGCCGCCCCUCCCGCAGCGGUCCCGACGUGGCCGAGGCGGCGGCUUUGGUGGCUGCGCGGCUGGGCUGGGGCCCGACGCGGGCCUGCGCGGACGCGGGCGAGGACGGCGCCGACGAGGCAGGAACGGCCCGGGCCCUGGCCAUGGGGCACUGUCGCCUCUGUCACGGGAAGUUCUCCUCCCGGAGUCUCCGCAGCAUCUCUGGCAGGGCGCCUGGGGAGAGCUCAGAAAGGCCGCCCCCUGGGGACCGUGUUUUUGUCCGGGACUUCCAGCGCCUCCUGGGGGUGGCCGUCCACCAGGACCCGGCUCUGUCCCAGUUUGUCUGCAAGAACUGCCACUCCCAGUUCUACCAGUGCCACGGCCUCCUCACGUCUUUCCUGCAGAGGGUCAACGUCCCCCCCACGGGCCGCCGGAAGCCUUGCGCAAAGGUCGGUGUGCAGCCUCGGACGGGGGCGGAGGAGGGAGCGUGUGUGGUGGACCUGAUCGCUUCGAGCCCCCAGGGCCUGCGCGGCUUGGUGGGGUGGGUGCACGGGCACGCAGCCGGCUGCGGGGCCCUGCCCAGCCUCCAGAGGACCCUGUCCUCCGAGUACUGUGGCAUCGUCCGGGCCGUGUGGGGCUGCGACCGAGGGCACGACUACACCAUGGACGCCGACUCCAGCUGCGGGGCCCUCUUGCUGGACGGCGCCUUGGGCGUCAGGCGGACGUGGGACAAGGAUUCGGCCCCGGGGCUCCCCCGGCAUCGGGGGUCCAGCCCCAGCGGGGCUGCCCCUCAGAGCUCCCAGGGCAGAGCGACUGCGGCCGGGGCCGAGACCGAGACGCUGCCCAGCACGGACACAGCCCGGCCUCCUUCAGAUGGCGACCCGGUGGGGCCUGGGCCGGGCCCCCCGCCUCAGCCAAGCCUCCCCCACAGCGGGGCCCCAGGGCAGUUGGGUGAGAAGCAGGUUCCAUCUCCAACCUCGGAUGAUCGGGUAAAAGACGAGUUCAGUGACCUUUCUGAGGGAGACUUCCUGAGUGAAGACGAAAAUGACAAGAAGCAGAAUACCCAGUCCUCAGACGAGUCCUUUGAGCCCUACCCGGAAAAGAAAGUCUCUGGUAAGAAGAGUGAAAGCAAAGAAGCCAAGAAGUCAGAAGAACCAAAAAUUCGAAAGAAACCUGGGCCCAAGCCGGGCUGGAAGGGCAAGCCGCGCUGUGAGAGGGAGGAGCUGCCAACCAUCUACAAGUGUCCUCACCAGGGCUGCACGGCCGUGUAUCGUGGGGCUGACGGCAUGAAGAAGCACAUCAAGGAGCACCACGAGGAGGUCCGGGAGAGGCCCUGCCCGCACCCCGGCUGCAACAAGGUGUUCAUGAUCGACCGCUACCUGCAGCGCCACGUCAAGCUCAUCCACACAGAGGUGCGGAACUAUAUCUGUGACGAGUGUGGGCAGACCUUCAAGCAGCGGAAGCACCUCCUGGUUCACCAGAUGCGCCACUCAGGAGCCAAGCCCCUGCAGUGCGAAGUCUGCGGGUUCCAGUGCCGGCAGCGGGCAUCCCUGAAGUACCACAUGACCAAGCACAAGGCCGAGACGGAGCUGGACUUCGCCUGCGACCAGUGCGGCCGGCGGUUCGAAAAGGCUCACAACCUCAACGUGCACAUGUCCAUGGUGCACCCCCUGACGCAGACCCCGGACAAAGCCCCGGAGCCCCCGCCUGGGCCCGCGGCGGGGCAGGCCGUGAAGGCUGAGCCCACCUGA